GCUUCUGUUUGGGCGUAUGACUCAGGCGGUAACUUCGCCCAUUUAUCGAUAAAGCUUCCCCAAGUCCGCUCCACACUUGUCAGUUCAGCCUCAUACCACUUACGCUCUGUAUCGACUAACGCGGUCAUUUACCGUUGCUUACACCCAAUUUCUUUAUCCAUCGUCGUGAAAUUAUGAUAACACGAAUACGUAUCUGAAUGCGCCAGAGAGGCGAAUCGUCACCUAUCCGACCUUACAGCUCGUAUAGUACCGUGUAUUAAUAGUCUCAUUUCUACAACCACUCUCAUUGUUUACAACCAAAGAUCCAAGCAUGGCCCCGGCUGGACCGAAACUUACUCCGGAGGAGCGGCGACGAGGCGAGAUCGCGCUCAGCGAUUUCGCGGAAUACGCUGAAAAACAACAAGCGCAUCGCUCUGUUGCUCCUAGCGACAGUGGCUACUCUACUGCCAGUGUAUCCCGAAUACACGAAGACCAUGCAGAACUGGAGAUCCUUGACCAGCUAGGAUUGUCUGACACUCCGAAACCAGCCCGAUUGAAAGACUUGCUAUUGAAUACAGGAGACCAACAAGAGGACAGUCUGCAACUCCUGGGAAGCAUUAUACAAACACGUAUCGACGAAGGCCAUGGUGAAGCGAUAUUUGACGUGGGGAUUGAGGAUGGUGGUGAGUCCAUGGGCUUUGAUCUGACCCAGUGGGAAACGGCGUUGCAUCGCGUACAGGAGGCGGCGGGAACGCUGCCCGCACACUGCCGUAUUCUUGUCACCUACAAUGUGGGAGGCCCUCAGGAAUCCAAGGUCAGAAAUGAUCGAAUGAAGGGUUCGUGUGGCAAGCUCCUCAUCCGGCAGCCAGCAGAAACCGUGGAGGAAAUGGCUGAGCUCCGGAUAGCGGUUGUGGGGAACGUGGACGCUGGUAAGAGUACCAUGCUCGGAGUUCUCGUAAAGGGAAACCUCGACGAUGGUCGCGGUAAAGCUCGAGUCAAUCUUUUCCGACAUAAACAUGAAAUCGAGAGCGGCCGGACCAGCUCCGUCGGCAUGGAGAUUAUGGGAUUCGACAGUCGCGGGGAGAUCGUGGCCAGCGCUCAGGGCCGCAAACUGUCUUGGGAAGAGAUAGGGAAGCGGUCUGCCAAGGUCAUCUCCUUCUCUGAUUUGGCCGGCCACGAGCGAUACUUGCGGACUACGGUCUUCGGCAUGCUGAGCAGCAGCCCUAACUACUGCUUAUUGAUGGUCGCGGCCAACAACGGUUUGAUCGGUAUGAGCAAAGAGCAUCUAGGGAUUGCGUUGGCUCUAAACGUUCCUGUGAUGAUCAUUGUUACCAAGAUUGAUAUUUGCCCCCCACAAAUUCUCCAGGAGACCUUGUCUCAACUAAAUAAGAUCCUCAAGUCUCCUGGGGCUCGCAAGAUACCCAUCUUCGUGAAAGACAUGGAUCAGACCAUCAACACAGCAACGCAGUUUGUCAGUCAGCGGAUCUGUCCUAUCUUUCAGGUGUCCAACGUAACUGGAGAAAAUCUGGAUCUGGUACGGACUUUCUUGAACAUUCUUCCCCAUCGUGGCCACUACAAUGCCGAUGCGCCGUUUGAGUUCCUUAUCAACGAUACGUUCUCGGUGCCACAUGUAGGCACGGUGGUGUCGGGAGUGGCCAAGUCAGGGGUAAUACACGCGGGUGAUACGGUGCUUGUUGGGCCUGAUUCGCUUGGACAAUUCACCACAACCACGAUCAAGUCCAUUGAACGGAAACGGAUAUCUGUCAACGCCUGCUUCGCGGGACAGUCUGGGUCGUUCGCGUUGAAGCGUGUACGAAGGAAAGAGGUGCGAAAGGGUAUGGUUGUUCUCAAGAAGUUGGACCAGCCUCCUAAGGUUUACCGGGAGUUCGUUGCGGAAGUUCUCAUUCUCUCCCAUGCUACUACUAUAAAGCCCCGAUACCAAGCAAUGUUGCAUGUUGGGGCCGUGAGUCAAACAUGUUCUGUCAUUGACAUUGACCGUCCCUUUAUCAGAACGGGUGAUCGUGCCCUGGUGGCUUUCCGUUUUGUGCAACGCCCAGAGUUUUUGGCGCCUGGAGACCGAGUACUUUUCCGUGAAGGAAAAACCAAGGGAUUAGGUAUUGUGAAAAGUGUUGGAUACGAUCCUAACAGCCCUCUGAACCCAGAAGCCAAAAAGGAGGCGAGCACCAAGUAGGAGUCGACAUAAGACGGUUGGAAGAGCGAUCGAUUAUGUUCUGUUUGAUUGAUGUACAGCAUUACCGCCACAGAGUGGACAGUGUUUUGCCUUGCUCUUCUUUUUCUUUUGUAUCAUUUCUUUUUAAUUGGGUCUUUUUUCAUUUUUCAUUUUUCAUUUUUUUUUUUUUCUUUUUCUUU